CAGGCGACAUGUAAAAGAAUAAAUCCAUAAAUCAAAUUAAAAAAAAAAAAAAAAAGCAAAACAAACAUGGACUAAAGAAUAAUGUGCCUCGGCUUGUCAUCAUGUUCCCGGGAGUUUUCUAUGCACUGAUGGCGGGUUUCCUCGGAGCUGUGGCGUCGUCCUCUGCCAAACUGUCCCUGGGAGCCGACUACCUGAAGGGAGUGUGUGAGACGGGACUCCGCACUUGGGGCGAGCAGCGCAGAUUUAGACAAGCGGACGCAACCACCGCCUGUGACCGGCUUCACAUCCCUCUGAGGCUGCUGUGUGGCGGGCUGCUCUUCACCUGCAACGCUGUGAUGUGGACCUUCCUCUCCAAAGCACUCAGGUAUUCCUCCUCCUCCACCCGAACCACUGUGACCACCACUGCCUCCAACUUCAUCUCUUCUGCUUUCCUGGGCCAGCUGAUUUUCGGGGAGCCCCAGAUUACUUUGUGGUGGGUUGGGAUUUCUCUGACUUUCACCGGUUUGUUGGUCCUGCAAAGAGUUUCACCUCAGGAUGGACAACAAAACGCCGUCACCACAAAGGACGAAUGAUACAUGUGGUCUCCACUGACCGACUGUGGUGCGCUUUGGCCGACACAUUCAUAUACUUUGCCACAAGCCAAAAUAAAUCGUAAUAUGAAAUAAGUGUACUUUGUACAGCUCGAUUACUUAAUUAUACUGUGCAUUGAAAGAAUAGGAUGAAUUUGCUCUUGUCUUCCAGUAAUUAAAGAAUGAAUCUCUGUUUUCCUGUAAACAUAAGA